AUGGCCACGAUCCUGCGACUCGAUACCAGCGCCCGCGCCGCUCGCUCCAUCACCCGACACCUCGCCGACGCGUUCAUCGACGCCUGGAUCGCCGAGUUGCCCGAGAGCCGGGUCACACGACGCGACCUCGGGCGCACACCGCCGCCGCACGUCUCCGAAGAGUGGAUCGCCGCCGCGUUCACGCCGCAGAACGAGCGCACGAGCACGAUGCGCGACGCGCUCGCCGAGUCCGACAGGAUGAUCGACGAGCUCGCAGCCGCCGAUCUCGUCCUCGUCGCCGCGCCGCUCUACAACUACGGCCUGCCGGCAACCCUCAAGGCCUGGGUCGAUCAGGUCGUCCGCGUCGACCGCACGUUCACGUUCGAUUUAGAGAGGGGCGACUUCCCGAUCGAACCCGUUCUCAGCGGGAAAGCGAUGGUGCUCCUCAGCUCGAGGGGCGAAUUCGGGUUCGGCCCCGGCGGCCCGAGAGAGGGGUGGAAUCACCUCAAUCCCCAUAUGCGGACCAUCGCCACACGCCUCCUCGGCGUGGCCGACUCAGAUUUCCAUGAGGUCGCUUCGGAGUUCCAGGAAUUCCGAGACGAGCGCCACGCGCAUUCCUUUAAGGAAGCGGAACGCCAGACCCGCGAUCUCGCGACGUCGCUCGCGAAGCGACUCGGAACCGCCGUCGUAACCUGA